CAUCUUCAGUACCACUGUGCAACCAUCAUGGGCCCCUCCUCUCGCUCCAGCAGCUCAGACUUUUCCAUGUCACCAAGCCUGCCGCCGUACAAACCCGAAGAAGAAGAAGAACAUGGAGAGGAAGGGGAAGAAGAUGUCGGUCUUCUAAGCGCCACUUCGAACCGUCUUCAACACAUCGCCAGCCGAAGACUCAAUGGCAAGUCGGGCCGGAGACAUCAUACUUCUCGGUCAUGGUCACGAUUGUCCAAACUUCUCGUUCCCGUCUUUACUGUCACAGCCUUGCUUCUUGGAGGGUUUGCCAUUGCGGGUAGAGGUAUUAUUGUUCACGCGCGCGGUUCUCACAAUGGGAAUACCGACGACACGGGGAAGAAGAAAGUGUUGAACCUGGCUGGUGAACUGAAUGGUUUGGUGCCGGAGUUCGAAGUCAAGCCCGUGGCCUUUGGAAAAGAUCCGCUGGCUACUUCAGAUCAUAUGACGGAGGCUUCAGCAAAUGCUACCGAAGAGAACUGGCGGUCUUAUAUGCCUGCUGGAAACGGCUUCAUAGCCGUCGGCAACCCCUCCCAAUACACCCUCCCACAACCCAUCGAUUUCCAAGACCAAGCCGUCUACUCCAUCAGUGUCUUCCACCAGCUUCACUGCCUGCACACAAUAAUGCAAUCCUACAACGCCCUCUCUGAGCCCAGACACCCGACAUCCACCAAUCACCACCGCGACAACGCGCGACGAGACGGCCACCAUUCCUCUCAUAAUGACCACGACCAAGCAAAGCCCAAAGCAAGUCACACCAACCACAACCACAUAGACCACUGCUUCCGCUACCUCCGCCAGUCCAUUGUCUGCUGCGGCGACACGGCGCUGGAAGGGCAAGAUCUGAAUCAUCCGGACCUCAAAGCGACGGAUGGGACAGGGGCGGUGCAUUUGUGUAAGGAUUAUGGGGCUUUGAAGGGGUGGGCGGAGGGGAGGAGGGUUACGGAUCGGGAGGGGGUGGUUUGA